UGUCAUGCAGUUGUCAGCUGAUCGGUGGGAGGAAAUGUUUGAUGCUAGCAGGUGCUAGCAGAAGGAUUGUUGUCAGUUGAAACAAAACAACCUUUUAUCUGAUUUCAGGAUAUCGUUUCUCCUUUUUCUUAGUAGCUUGUAUUCUGGGACCAACAUAGAAAAAUGAUGUCGAUCGUCGCCUUCAAGCUGCUCUCUCUUCUUGUUGGUUUGUUAUUUAUAUCAACACAGACGACGGAUGCUAAGAAUUCAGAGGAUAUUCGGUGUAAAUGUACCUGCCCACCGUACAGAGACGUCGAUGGACAGAUCUACAAACAAAAUGUAUCUCUAAAGGAUUGUAACUGCCUCCAUGUUGUGGAGCCAAUGCCAGUUGAUGGAAAGGAUGUGGAGGCGUACUGUCUGCGUUGUGAAUGCAAAUAUGAGGAGAGGAGUUCUGGAACCAUCAAGGUGACUAUCAUAAUCUACCUGUCCAUCCUGGGCCUGCUGUUCCUCUAUAUGGUGUACCUGACCCUGCUGGAGCCCAUGCUGAAGAGGAGGCUCUUUGGACACUCACAGCUCCAGAAUGAUGAUGAUGUCGGGGACCAGCAGCCUUUCGCCAACGCCCACAACGUAUUGUCUCGUUCGGCCUCUCGUCCCAACAUGCUGAACAAAGUGGAGCACGCUCAGCAGCGCUGGAGGAGGCAGGUCCAGGAACAGAGGAAGUCUGUGUUUGACCGCCACGUGGUGCUCAGCUAAACCCAUCCCCAGGAAACAAAAACCCUGGGUGAAGCAAAUAUAAUUACUGUGACUGCGUGGUCCCUUUUUUUUUUUUUUUGACUGAUUCUUUCCCCGACUUCCGAGCUUCAUCCUCAUUGGUGUUUUGUUCCUCAACAGGACCUGUAUUCCAUGAAAUGUGAUCAUAUAGCUCUAUAUAUUCAGGAGGUGAUCAUAAAGGGGCUCUACAUCUUUAGGUUGAAGUGGGGUGUUGCAUUUGAGACCUUUGCCAGUGUCUGUUUGACUUUGUAUACUUUCUGAUUAAUAAUACUAAUAGAAAGUAAAAGAUGUUUCAGUUUGUACCAAAUCCCCCCCCCCCCCAACAAUGGAAACAAUGGGUGACCGUAUGCACUCCUUUUAUAGUAAUGUUGGCAGCUUCUGAUAACAGGAAAUGAUUGCCAAGUCACCAAUGAAAUUAGGUGAUAUAUUUGAAGGUAGAGUAAAUAACAAACAAAAACAUAUCUAAAAUAUCAUACCAAAAUGAAUCACUCAAGCUAAUGAAAAUGUCUUCAAUAAAUAUAACAUCUGCUACCUAAACCACGAAAGAUGGGAAUGAGUUGGAAACAGUAAAAAUUUGUAAAAUGUCUCCUGUCAAAAAGCAUGUUCUUUAAGAAGUGAUGUAAAACUUAUUUUGAACCUUUUACCCUAAACAACAGUUGAUGUACAGAUGUAUGCAUUUCAUUGUGUGCUGACUGUGGUGUAAACACUCCUGUAUCAUGUUCUCCUGUAAGGCUAAGUAUAAUAUGUAGCAUUUGGGAGACAUUUUGAUGACUGUUAACCUAUCAUCCAAUGGUACAUUUAAUGUAAACAUUAGUCCUCUCCUUUGAAUAUAUGUGUGUUACUGAAGUCAGAGCCCUCAGCUGUCACUGUAGAGUAGACGGACUCCAUCUCUACACCUUGUUUUGUUUUCAGCGUCUACUCCUCUCCAUUUAGGUGCAUUUCACAUGAAUCACACGUGAUUGAGAUCCUCCUUUAUUCGAACUUUAAAUAACUUUCAUUGUCUUAUCUGUUAGACAGUCUUGAUACCACCAUCUGUCUUUUACACUGAUGUAAAUAUGUUUUUUAAUUAUAAUUUAGGAUAGCUGGAUGGUUGUAAAGUGGGUAGAAAAUGCUACUGUUGGGUGGCCUAAUGAAAGUGUUAACUCUUAUCUGUGAUAACUUCACAUUUGAAAUACAUUUCUGAAAUAUU